UUGUGUAUAGUGCCUCGGUUGACAUUGUUGUUGUUGUGGGAGUCGGAAUGGAGUUUAAAGCGGAGCGUCAGGACUGAGCUGCGGGCUUCGGGAUUAACGCCGCGGAGAAGGAGCCAGUUUCAGUGCGGAUUUUGAGAAAAGAGACUGAGAAACUGAGAGAGGAGGAGAGCGAGAACGAGCCCUGGGAUGGGACGGUGAGGAGGAGAUUUGUGCUGCGAGGCCGAGCUGAAGCCGUGUUGCUGUAACUGUAGUCGUGAUCGAGGGCCGUAGGAGAGUUUUUCUCUCUCCGGGUCGUUUCCGCUGCCCCCCGAUGUCCCCCUGCAGCGCCGUUGCUUCAUGAUCACAUGACCCUGGAUAUGGACGCAGUCCUGUCCGACUUUGUCCGCUCUACUGGAGCCGAACCCGGACUGGCCAGAGACCUACUGGAAGGUAAGAACUGGGACCUGACGGCCGCCCUGAGCGAUUUCGAGCAGCUGAGGCAGGUGCAUGCUGGGAGUCUGUCCUACUCGUAUCCACAGGACAGGCAGCAGACACUGACGGAUCACAAAGACAUGACGAGGGUGGGACGGCCCCUACUGCACCGGCAGGACGACGUGGUCCAAGCAGCCAAUGAGAAGCGUCUAUCCCGAGGGAUCUCGCACGCCAGUUCCACCAUUGUGUCUUUGGCUCGCUCGCACGUGUCCACCGUCGGAGGUAGCGGCAUCGGCCCCGAGAUGCUCCUGGACACCCCGGUCUGCACAUUCCAGCUCCCGGACCUCACCGUGUACCGCGACGAUUUCCGCGGCUUCAUCGAGCGCGACCUGAUCGAGCAGUCCAUGAUGGUGGCCCUCGAGCAUGCGGGUCGACUCAAUUGGUGGACGAAGCUGGGGUCGGGAUGUCAGAGUCUGUUGCCUCUGGCGACCAGCGGAGAUGGAAACUGCCUUCUUCACGCCGCCUCUCUGGGCAUGUGGGGCUUCCAUGAUCGAGACCUGAUGCUGCGGAAGUCUCUGUACGCCCUGAUGGACCACGGGCAGGAGAGAGAGGCGCUGAAGCGCAGGUGGAGGUGGCAGCAGACCAUGCAGAACAAAGAGUCUGGGCUGGUGUACACCGAGGAGGAGUGGCAGAAGGAGUGGAACGAGCUGUUGAAGUUGGCCUCCAGUGAACCCAGGAUACACUACAGCACCAACGGCACCAACGGCGCAGAGUCGCAGGAGGAGCCGGUGUACGAGAGUUUGGAGGAGUUCCACGUGUUCGCACUGGCUCAUGUGCUCCGCAGGCCGAUAGUAGUGGUGGCUGACACCAUGCUGAGAGACUCGGGAGGAGAGGCCUUCGCUCCGAUCCCCUUCGGUGGGAUUUAUCUCCCCCUGGAGGUCCAGGCUCACAAGUGUCACCGCUCGCCGCUGGUCCUGGCCUACGACCAGGCGCAUUUCUCCGCUCUGGUUUCCAUGGAGCAGAAGGACGGCUCCAAAGAGCAAGUGGUGAUUCCUCUGACUGACUCGGACUAUAAAAUGCUUCCCGUGCACUUCGCCGUGGACCCAGGCAAGGACUGGGAGUGGGGUAAAGAUGACGUGGACAACGUGAUGCUCGCCAGUGUAACACUGUCUUUGGAGGCGAAGCUCCACCUACUACACACCUACAUGAACGUAACGUGGCUUCCUCUGCCGUGUGAGGUACAGCAAGCACCUCUGGCCCAGCCCGAGUCUCCGACUGCCUCGGCCGGCGAGGAUGCACGCACGCCCCCUGACUCUGGUGAGUCCGACAAAGAGUCUGUAAGCAGCAGCUCUAACGGGAAUGGUGACAGCAGCGCAACAGGAAGCAGCAGCGGGACGGCAGGUAAAUCGUCCAGCUCCUCGAGUUCGUCCAGCAGUGGCUCAACUGGAACGAUGGGCAAAGAGAAGAACAAGAAGGACAAAGAAAAGGACAAGGAUAAAGACAAAAAGAGGGCCGACUCAGUGGCCAACAAGCUCGGCAGCUUCGGAAAGAGUUUGGGCAGCAAGCUGAAGAAGAACGUAGGAGGUCUGAUGACAGGAAAAGCCGGAACAGGUGGUUCAGGCAAACCCGAAGGUGUGGAGAAGAAAAAAGGGUCUCUCAGAGGACGAAAAGACAGCAAGGACGGCAAAGACGGCUCUCCAUCUGCUCAGCCCGGGUCUGAGGACUCGGGCAAGGGUUCUCCGUCCUCGCAGAAUGGGAAUAGCUCUUCUGAAGGUGACUCGUACAAGUACAGCGCUGACGUAAAGGCGAGUCUGAGCAUCCUGCGAGCAGCUAUGCAGGGCGAAAGGCGCUACAUCUUUGCUGGCCUUCUGACUACCAGCGACCGACAGCCCUACCAAGAAGAGAUGAUUCAACGCUACCUGGUGGAUGCCGAGGAACGUUUUCGUGCGGAGCAGGAGCAGAAACGGGAGGCUGAGCGCAAAGCAGUGAUCAACGGAGCCCAGCCCAAGAAGGAGCCAUCGGAGCCUGGUUUCCGCGGCUUUGACGGAAAGGAGGAUGUGACGGAAGCGCCACAUCCCCAUUAUAACACCCUCAAAUCGCAGUCUUUUACGCCACCGCUUUAUACAGGAGUCGUGCCCAUUCCCAGAUCCACCUUCCUCGAACACUCCCCUACGCCCCUCCCCCAGCACCUUCACAUUCCCGGCUACAUGGACGCCCGGCGCCAACUAGCCGGCGGGUCAUCCUCCACCUACCCAGGCCUCCCGUCUUACGCCACUCUGCCCCGGAGUUGCCCCUUAAGCCAAGGCCCUGUCCAUGCUCACGCUCAUUAUCACCCACCCGCCCCUGCCUGCGCGGCUCCCUGCUUCUCGCCCUCCUACACACAUCAGCAGGAUUUGCCUGACUUCCGCAGUGAGACGGUUAGCGGCACGUAUGCCAACGGCUUACUGCCGGGACUGGACAGCCGAGGUGGCCCUCCCCCGGUCAGGCACUAUUCCCUGGGCAGCGCCGGUGGACUGGCGAACCUGCAGUCGAGCCGAUGCCGAACACCGAGCUGUAACUAUUACGGACACCCGGAAACCUGCAACUACUGCUCAUACUGCUACAGGGAGGAGCUGAAGAGAAGAGAAACUGACACGGCCAUGCACAGGUUCUAAACUGGCACAGUAUUCAACUGGUACCCCAUAGUGCCGUCUUCUUCUCCACAUGAGACCCAGCAGGUCUCACGCAGGAUCUUGCUACAGAAUUUGAGCAGGCCUUGCCGGUGUGAGGGAGGGGGGGGGGCUACACUUAGUCGACACUGACAGGAUGGGUGCAGAGUCGGGAGUCCUUACCCCCGUUACUUUUGCAGUGGAUUUUAGGCGGUAGAUUUGUCAUCGGCAGCGUCGUUGCCGUUCUUUCUCGCUAUGUUGCCAUUGCAACGCUUCUCGAUUGUGACGAGGGUGUCGAGGCAGGGUUGUUUUUCCGGUCCGGGGUGGCACCGACGUGUCCUGCGUCGCAUGAAGACAUUACCUGCAAAACAUAUAUGACAUGAAGCACAACCGGAAGAUGCACACUUGUACAGCUUGACAUUUACAGGACUUUCAGUGACUCUUCGAGGCAUGUUGGCAAGAAAUUUAAUAACAAAGACUCAUUUUGUCAUAUGAUCUUUUUUUUUUCUUCUUUUUUUGUAACCCAAAUAACCCAAUGUUUAAGCUCCACCCCAAAGCCAUGUCCUAACAGGAUUCUUUCUUUGACCCUUUGCUUGUGUGGUAUCUACAAAUCAUGGGGCAACACUUUUUUUUUUUUUUUUUUUUUUUAAGACACUUUAAGGUCUUACUCGUUUUAGGUGAAGAGCGAAUCUAGCAGGUACGGAGCGCGGUCAACACCAAGUGUCCAAGUCAACAAGAUACUUUGUCUAAGAUGCCGUAUUAAUUUAUAUUACUUAAAGACACUAGAGUCUUUAAUCUUCAUCCUGCUGUAAUCGUCUGCUGAAAUCUUCAGAUGUUAUAACCUUCUAAAAAAAUGUUCUAAAAUACUAAAAGGUUUUGGGGAAUUUUUUCGAGUAGAAAUAGUAAGAUGUGCGCUUUUUUUUUCUCCCCGAUUAGUAACAGAUGGGUCAGUGGACGUUUUUUCUGCACAAAGUCAAGCACUUUUCUCAUAUCCUGACAUUGCGUGGGUUUUCUUUGCUCUGAUGAUGAUGAUGAUGA